CCGAAAGUUUUUUAAUUUACCAAUUUGCGUGUUUUAUUCUAAAAAAUGUUUUUAGUUACAAAAUUUAUUCGUGAAAAAUCUGUAUUUUUGAGUCGAUUUUAUUCUGUUCGCGUGCGAUUUGCACCAAGCCCGACCGGUCACAUUCAUCUGGGGAGUCUUCGGACUGCCCUGUACAACUACCUCUUCUGCAAGAGUCACAGGGGAAAGUAUAUACUCCGGAUUGAAGACACUGAUCAGACAAGAGUUAUUGAUGGGGCCACUGAACACCUGAUUGACAUGUUGAAGUGGACCGGCAUUGAGUUUGAUGAGGGCCCACACAUUAUCGGGAGUCAACAUGGUCCGUACAUCCAGUCACAAAGAUUACAUAUUUAUCAAGAAUAUUCCAACCACCUGUUAAAGACUAACCAAGCCUACAAGUGUUUCUGCAGCUCUGAACGAUUGGAUUUGUUGAGGAGGCAAGCGGCCAGUCGUGGGGAAGUUCCCAAGUACGACAACAGAUGUCGCCAUCUGUCACAGAAAGAAAUGGAUAAGAAAUUAGAGACCAACUUGCCAUAUGUUAUCAGAUUCAAAUUAGAACACUACUUGGAAUGCUGGCAAGAUGCAGUCUAUGGCCCAAUACAUUAUGACGUGGCUGCCAAUGAGGGUGAUGUUGUGAUUCUAAAAUCUGAUGGCUAUCCAACCUAUCAUUUUGCCAAUGUCGUAGACGAUCACCUCAUGAAUAUAACACACGUUCUAAGGGGCGUGGAAUGGCAGGUCUCAACAGUUAAGCACCUCCUACUUCACAAGGCCUUCAAUUGGACUCCUCCUACCUAUGCUCAUCUUCCAUUAUUGCAAAACAAGGAUGGCAAGAAAUUUUCAAAGAGACAGAAUGACACACACGUGGAACAUUACAAAAACAUGGGCUACUAUCCGGAAGCAGUAUUGAACAUAUUGACGAACUCUGGGUCAGGGUUCAAAGUUCAAGACACAUCGGGGAUGUCCCUGCCCCAGCUGAUCGAUAACUUUGACCUGUCCAAACUCCACACGAACUCUACAAGGGUUGAUUUUGAUCGACUGGCUGACUUCAACAGACUCGCCAUACAACGAAGGCUGAAGUGUGACAAGUCUAAAAGUGAACUUAUAGAACGUUUGAGAAGAAUUUUGGAGGAGAAAUAUUUCCAAAAUGGCAGUUCUACGACGUCAUCAUCGUCAUCAUUGUCGUCAUCAUCAGUUUUGUCAUCAACACAUAAGACUGAGGAUUUUAAUGAUGAUAACUAUCUAGCUAAUGUUUUAUAUAACACCCAGGUUAUUAUUAUUAUUAUUAUUAUCAUCAUCAACAUUUUCUUUAAUUAUUAUCAAAAUUAUAAUUAUUGUUAUUAUUAUUAUUAUCAUGUCAUAGGAUAG